AUGUCCGUCGCGAAGGAAUUCGAGGCUGCGAACGAGAAGUAUGCGGCAUCUUUUACCAAGGGGGAUCUGGUGCUUCCUCCUCAGCGUAACGUUGCUGUCGUAGCAUGCAUGGACGCCAGACUCGACACCGCACGCGCCCUCGGCCUCGAAGAAGGCGACGCCCACGUCAUACGCAACGCCGGUGGCCGGGUGACGGACGCCCUGCGCAGCAUCGUGAUCUCCCAGCAGCUGUUGGGGACGCGGGAGAUUGUCAUUGUUCACCACACGGACUGCGGAAUGCUCACCUUCACCGACGACGUCAUCCGGUCCAAGAUCAAAGCGGAACUGAACCAGAACGCGGACCACAUUGCGUUCCUACCCUUCCCGGACCUGCGACAGAGCGUGCUGGAUGAUAUCAAGUUGCUCAAAGAUAGUCCGCUCGUGUUGGAUGUGCCGAUUACGGGGUAUAUUUAUGAGGUUGAGACGGGGAAGAUUGUGAAGAUUGAGUAGGUUUUGGGACGGGGGGUAUGCGGGUAGGAAUGAGGGUGUUGGGUUUUUU